AUGAUCUCUCUACCAGGUCUCAACCUGUCCUCGCAGCCGACCGAAGCGCAAAAUGCCCCCACCUCGACAGCCACACGAACGCAAGACCUCGCUGCCAACACAGAAUACCGCUUCGAGGUAGCCUUCUCGCGGACACUCACGGUGAAGCUGCAAUCGGGCACCGCAGAAUUUUUCGGCACCGAGCUGGCUCCGUCUACCGUAUACACAUUCCAGGGCACAAAGGGUGCUAUCUUCACAUGGCAUGGCUGCAAGCUCGACAUCGGCGGAGAGGUUGAGUCAGACUACAUCGCGGAAGAGACGCCCAUGAUGAGUUGUGCGAACCUACACUUCGCGCUGGAGAACCUGCGCGACAGGAGUAUUGCCAGUGGCAGCGUCGAAAUGGGACCCAGAAUACUUGUCGUGGGUCCUGAGAACUCAGGCAAAACGUCACUCGUCAAGACUCUGACUUCCUACGCGGUCAAGACCAGCCGGCAGCCUAUGGUCGUGAAUCUCGACCCGCGCCAGGGUAUGCUCAGUGUGCCAGGCUCUUUUUCAGCGGCUGUAUACUCGUCCAUUGUGGACAUUGAAGAAGGCUGGGGCAGCAGUCCAAUCUCAGGGCCCAGCCCCAUUCCAGUGAAGAUGCCGCUGGUAUACCACUACGGUCUCAAGGACCCAGAGGAGGGCAGGGUGUUCAAGCCGUUGGUAACGCGCAUGGCACUUGCUGUCACAAGUAGAUUGGAGGAGGACACGCUCAGCAAGCAGGCUGGCUUCAUCAUUGAUAGCUCAGGCGCCAUCAGCCAAGGGAGAAAUGGCGUCUACGACAACAUAGAACAUAUUGUUUCUGAGUUCUCUGUCAACGUCGUCAUAACCCUCGGCUCCGAACGCCUCUACUCUGACCUCUCCCGCAAAUUCUCAGCCCGCACCGGCGGCGACCCCUCCGAAACCGUGUCCGUAGUCCGCCUUGACAAGUCCGGCGGCUGCGUCGACCGAAGCGAAGAAUACAUGAAAGCCCUCCGCCAUGCCCAAAUCAAAGAAUACUUCUUCGGCAAAGGCGACGAGACACUGGCUCCCAGCAGCCAAAUGGCCGACGCCGCCGACCUAAACAUCUUCCGUGUCGUCGAAGGAGAAGGAAACGGCGGAAUAGACGAGUACGGCAUGACGGUUGAGCGGCAGAUCUUCGAGAAAGUCACACCGUCUGAGGCGCUUCAGAACCAGUUGUUGGCUAUUACAACAGCGAGCCCCAAUGAUCCGCAGAGCGUCAUCAGGGAUAGCAGCAUCAGGGGAUACAUCUAUGUCGCGGACGUAGACGAGGCGAAGAAGAAGGUCAAGCUGCUUAGUCCGCUGCCGGGACAGACGCCCGGCAAUGCCAUGAUCCUGGGUAGUUGGCCGGAACCUGUGGAAGGUCUGCUUAACUAG